UUUCUUGAUUCAUGUCGGCGUUCCUUCGAUAACGACCGUUCACCACGAAAAAUGCGCUCGUUCCCGCGGCCGGCGUGGCACUCGCGCCAACCCUCCAGCGUUUGUGUCUCUGUCUGCGCUGUUUGGAUUUUCUCGCGUGUCGGCUUGCAUUUCCUCUCCACUGAUGACGGAUGUUUCUGAAAUUCGCUUGAGAGACAACUUCACACUUUUCUCGGAGGGUCUUAGGUAGAGCGGAGGCUGCGGGUGUCGCGAGGAAGCGCUCCCGCAUGCUCCGCCAUCCUUUUUGCUAGCUCUCUUUGUUUCUCCUUUCGCCGCUGUUCCGAGGCAUUGUCUACAAGAUGAGCGUGCGUUUCGGUCCCCUUUUUUUUGCCCGUCUUCGGGCGUGUUUUCUCUCCUGCAGCAAGUGGGUCCUCGCUCCAGUCUGCAGAGCGCUCAAGCCGGCAGUCGCGUCGAGCGUCCGGUUCGCCGCAGCGAACGCGUUUCCGCUCGUGCUCUGUUGCGGUUUCUUUGCGGUUUUUCUUUUGUUCCUGUUCCUCUUUUCUUUUUUCUGUUCUGUGCUCAUCGGGGGCCUCUUCGCCUCCUUCUUCGCCCUCGCUGUGCUCUACAACAUUACAACCGCGAUGCUCUUUCCCGGCAGCAGCGCCUUCUUCAGACGCCAGCUCGAGCUCCAGUUCUGCUCGGCAGCCAUCAGCCCCUUCAAGACCCAUAUCGGCGUCCUCGAGCGCCUUCUGUCCUUUCUGCUCUACCAAGCGUAUCUGCGUGAGACGAGUGAGUGGGGCAGUGAGAGGCACGACGCCUGCGAGCGCACAGCGACGCAGCGGCUUCGUCCCUCGGAGUUCCAUGACGAAGCCUCCCCUCCCGCUUCUGCGCAUCUCCCAGAAGUACCGAGAGCUCGGCCCUUUGUCUUUCCUCGCUGGCCCGCUGUCACAUCUCUGCCGCCGUCUCCCGCUUCCUUCCUCUCGUCCUCUGCGCCCACCCGGCCUUCCUCCUCCCUGCCCCAGGACCCUCGCGGCGCAUGUGAAGCCUCUGCGUCACGCUUACGCCUGCUCGCUCCCUUCCCUCCGCCGCUUCUCCUCGCGCCCGAGCGCUCGCCGUCUCUCUCUGCCGGAGGCUCGCGCGCGGUGCCGUGGCUCCCGACCUCUGCCGCCGCGCUGCCCGAGGAACUCGUGACGGAUUUGACGGUGGCGGAGGUCCGAGAGAGUUGCCUGGCACUCUCCUCGCUGCUGCGUACCAUGGAGUGUGCGAGGCGGAAGAUCAGAGAGAACGACUCGGCUUCGUCGCCUGCCGCGGGCUCGCCGGGAAGGUCGUUGGCUGCGUCUGAUGCGGAGAGAGCAGAGAGUGCGAGAGAACCUCUGUCGAAGAAGUCCCCAGGCGACUCCUUCGAGGACAUCGAACUGAGUGUCGCGCCUGCGGACCUCUGGGACGGCGCGCCGCCGCCUUCCGCUGCCCUCGGCCCCCAGAGGCUUGGGGCUGAUGCGGCGGAAGAGUCGCCUGCCCCGGAGGGGGCCGAGAGAGAAGACGCCGAAGCCGAGAAGCGCCCGGGGGUCCAGCUCGGCUGGGAGAGUGAAGACACGCCGCGGCUGGCGAGCCACCAGCGCGGAGAACUCACUUGGCAACAAGAGGACGUUUUCUAUCACGGCUCUCAGCUUCUCUUCCACCUGAUGCAUCUGUCAGUCGUCGUGAAGCCUCGAGCUUCGUCGAGCUCUAGCGAGAAAAGUCGCAUCAGCCUCUCACACUACUCAACUGAAUCGAUUGCCUGGCCUUUUCUCGCCCUCCUAGGCCUCAUCAAAGCGUCUCCAGAGUGCUCUCGGCACCCCACGGAAACCUGGUCACCUCUGCGCGCGACUCCGAGUUCUCUUGACGGAGACAGCCUCCCCGGCGGCCUCUCUGAUUCAACUCCUGAUGCCGUCCUCCGCGACCCGUCUCUUUGCGCCUCCUCUCUCGCCCCCUCGCCUUCGCCUCUCCCGCCCCCUCCCCUGUCGGCCUCAGCGAGCCAGCUGGCCCUCGCGGGCGUUGCAUGCGCCGGCGGAGACAUCGAGUCGGGCCGGAGACCCUGGGGCGGAAGGGCGAGUCGAGUCGAGUGGCCGUUGUUUCACUGCGCCGCGGCUCUCUUCCACUUGCGCCAGCUGCUUUUGUUUCUCUCUCCGCAUUUGCCAGCGAGGUCUGCGGACGCACGUGUACGCCGCAGGCGCUCGAGCGCCGACUGCGCGGCUUCAGACCUUGGCAUUCUGGACGUUCCGCCCCUGGCGUCGCUCCCGCGUUCUCUGCUCCGCCUCUUGAUCCCUCCGCCGCUCUCAUCGUUUCUGCUUCUCGCAGGCGAGCUGGAGGAGACGCAGGGUGGCACAGAGCUCUGGAUUCCUGUGUCCGAAGCCCAGGCGCUGCGACUUCUUCUCUCGGCUGUGCUCCUGCCCUUCGCCCUGGCGAAGGGCACCGUUUGCCGCUGGUUCACGCGGGGCCGAGGAGGAGCUCGCGCCAGGCACCUGCUCCCCGACGCGGGUCUCGAGGCCUCCAGGAGACUCGAGGCCCACGGAAAAACGGAGGAGGCGCGCGCCUUGGAGAGCCGGUGCGAACAGAAGGGAGGAACGCGCAGAGGGCGAGACGCUGCGCUGGCUGACUUGCUGAAGGCGGACGCGUCUAUCGCGGCGCCAGGAACCAUAGGCUAUGGACGGCGUCGUCUCGAGUCGAGCGACGUUUUACAAGCAUCUCUCUCUCUCUCUGCUGACGUGUCUUCCUCGCCUUCCUGUGCCUUCCCCGCCAAGUCCUCCCGCUGGGCGAGAAGACUUGGCGGGCGCCUCGGAGCCUGGCUCGACCCCGAGCGUCGGCUGUACCUCCACGCCGUCUUUUUUCCGGCGCCCAAUACUCACUGGCUCCUUCCGUCCACUGCGUUCGCUUCUCCCCCCGCAUUCCGGUCCUUCUCUCCCUGCACCCCCGCGGCGGCGCAGCCCUUCCGCGCCUGCGAGAACGCAUGCAGCCGCCGUCUGUACACCGAAGCGAACUGUCUGUUGCCCUUUGUCCCCGUCGCCGCUUCAGCGGGGGCUUGCGCCUGCUGUCGUGCGCCCUUGGAACUCCCUCAUGAUGCGGAUAAGCCAAAAUCGCGGCUACCUAGCCUGUCGAACUCGCCGCGCGCGCGCCUGACCUACCGGCUGUUUCUGCUCUACACGCAGCUGCAGCGCCAGGAGCAAGUUGAGGUGUACGUACACUCAGGGUCGGACGAAGAGACGGGCGGGACGGCGGCGUCUCGCAACCUGCGCUCCGUCGGCCGCGGCGAGUCUCGGACGCUCCAAAGGCGCGAGAGGAGCGGUGACUCUGGCGAUUUUGCGUGGACAUGCAGCGAGGAGAUGCCGGGGCAAGGUGUGGACCGCUUGGCCUUGGAAGAGCAACCGCCCAGGAGGCGUCUCAACAGCAGAAUGGGUGUUUCCAUUGCAGUCACUGGAGCUGUUUUCUGGGCACUCGGGGCUGGUGCGUGGGCUGGCCUCGCGCGUCUCCUCUCUCUCCGGCGCCUGGCCUCCGUCUUCUGCUGCGGCGCCUGCAGGCGCAGACAGACUUCUUCUUCAGAAGCGAGAGAGUUGCAAAGAAGACCCAAAGACGUUUGCGGAGAGGCGCGUUCAAAACGUAGUCUCUCGAGACGCGGAAACAAGCGCGCGGCGCGCUUCAUCUUCCGAUGCGCAUGCACGGACGUCGACCACCAGGCCUCGUGUCUGGGGUUGGCCGAGCAGGGGGGCAACCUGGGCGUGGAGCUGGGCCUUGCUGGGGAGAACAGCUUGGACCGGAGAGUCAGGAAGGACCGUGCGUUUCUGCGCGACGACGCAGCGGUACCAGACGUCGGCGGAAACGUCCUGAUCUUCUUCAAUCCGAAUGCGGGCUACCUGGAGACCGCUGCAGUCAUCGGCGAUGGCGAACUGAACUUUUACCGGAGUCGAGGCGUGAGCGUUCUCCUCUUCAACUACAGAGGCUUCGGACGCUCCGCCGGAAAGUCCAGUCCCGCGUCUCUGCUCUCCGACGCAGCGGCUGUCUACCGCUUCGUCGCCUCGUGGCCGGGUGUACGUACAGUCGGCGUCCACGGCAGGUCGAUCGGAGGCAUGCCCGCGAUCUUCCUCGCCCUCAGGCAGCGAUACAUUCGGCGCAGGCUCCUCGCCUCCGACUUGCCGCUGGCUCUCUCCCCUGAUUCAGACUCUUCUCCGUGCUUGAGAGAAGCACUGGGCGUCCCCCGCAUCUCCUUCCUCUGCGCGGAUCGGACCUUUUCCUCUCUCCCGGACGCGGCGGGGGGCCUCCUUGGCUCCUGGGCCUACUGGGGUGUACGGGGAGCUGCGUUGACAGCACACGUCGGCUUUUCGCUCUCGCGCUUCUUCUUGGGCGCGCGGAGGAGACAGAUGGCGGUUCGGGAGAAGGAGAGCCAGCGGCAAGGAGACGGCAACUCGCGCGGAGACCCCCUUGCGGAGCCCAGCCGCUUCGUCAAGGUGUCUAGACACGCUGGCGAGGCGCGAAGCGAGGAGACAGACGCGGAGCUGGAAGCCGGCUCUCUGGAUGAAGACGCCCGAGAGGCCGCCCGGAGCUGCCGGCUCGGCGCGAGAAGUGUGCAUGCGUUUCUCGCAUGCACCAACGUCCACAAAGUGCUCAUCGCCGACCCCCAGGACGAGGUCGUCCGCGACGCAGCGUCGCUCAAGGCCGGCGUCGCUCGCGCGCUCCUCACGCGCCGCCGGGAGACCACACGCCGGGCCUUGGUGCAUGCGCUGAUGGCGGAGCGCCUGAAGGUCCGGACAAGCUUCGCGGGUGGCUUCGAAGACCGGACAGACAGCGACCCUUCUCUGCCCUCGGCGCCGCUCCUCGGAGAGGCAGCCGAGAAGGAAGGCAUGUGCGUACAAUUGGCAGGAGGCGAGAAGCCCGGUGGGGCUCGGAGGCUCCAAACUGCAUGCAGCGACGCUCGCCGGCAUGCCAGGGGGGCAGGCGUCAGCGGACCGAGGGGAGACAGCAGUUCGAGCAGCGAGGAAGAGACUCACGCUCUCUGCAGACGAAGAGCCACGCGUGCUGUUCGGUCUCUCCACCGCCUCCUGUCUUCCUCGUCGCUGCCGACGGCGAUCACGGCACGGAGUCCACCGAGUUCGGUCGUGCGCGCUUCCGCGAGCUUCGCUGCUUCUCGAACAGCGCAUGAAACAUGGCCUCUUUCUUGGCGCGGCGAGCGAGAGUUUAGCCCGCGAAGAAGUCGAGCUGAAGACUGGGGAGUCGACAUGCAUGCAGGCCCCGCCGCAGAGACUCCAGAAAGCGAGAAGGUCCUUCGGAGUCGCUGCGAGGAAGACGCCGCGGCUCUUCUCCACGAACGAGAACGAAAACGAAAGCGGCUUCUGCGCAGAGUGCCGGGGGCGUGGCGGCUGCUGGACGAGGUCGUGAACUGCGUGCGACUGUUGUCUCUCUCUGCUUCUGAAGGCGGAAGCCAUUCCCCGCGUCUCCCCUCUGAAGAUGGAGACGCAGACGUCUUGCUUUCCUUCUCGGCCUCGGAGGCCUCCGACGCGGCGAGCUCUUGCGAAGACGAAGAGGGAUCUACGUCGACGACAGAGUCCCGAGAGAAGGGGAUGAGGAGAAGCCGCAGAUCUCUGCACCUGCGACAUGAAGGGCGCCGAACGCUGUCGCGAAGAAAAGCCUCGCGACUCGAACGACAUGCAGAGCACUUCCCUGCGUUGCGCGAGGCGCUCCGAACGUGUGUGCGUCGCGUGAACGCCCGCUUGAGAGAGUCCGAUACGAGUCCGUUUUCCUCGAACUUCUCGAGCAAAGACGACCUCGCUGCUUGCUCGGCUUCCGUGGAGGCGACGCCUCGGGGCGCAUGCGGAGGCGACGUGGCGCACAAGCCGUCGGGUGUAUGUACAGCCCGACCCUGCACCCGACGGUCGAACGCUACUGUGUACACCGCAGUGGGCGGUUGCAGCGACGAGGAGAGCGAAGAGGGACUCGAAGACGCUCAGGAGGAGGAGGACGAGGUGAGUGGCGUUCCGGAGAGAAGACCGUCGCUGCUCUGUUUUCCCCAGAGACAGGACUCCCGACAGGUACCGAGACUUCUGCAGCGACCCCUGCCGCGAGUCCAGCUUUCUCUCCAUGUUCUUGGGCUUCAGCACGACGCUGACGGUCCCGCUGUCUCUCCAACGGUGCCCGGCAACCUCGCCCAGGCGCCGAGCGCCGAAAUGGAGAUGCCGCUUUCUUCUCCGUGUGCUUCUUUCCCCGCGACGCCUGGCGGAAACUCCUGCCCUUCCUCGGAAGUGACGCGACACCCGCUCCACCUCAGAGACGCCUCAGAUCCUUCCUCUUUUUCAGAACUCUCCGUCCCCGUAAAAGCCGACGCCCCCCGACGAGGAUCGCACACAGAGGCUCCGACGGACAGAGUGUCUCCGAGAGAGCCUGCGAGGUUGAACUCGAUUUCGAGGUCUGGAGCGUCGCUGAAACUGGUUUUUCUCUCGCAGCAGACGACUCAGGUUCCGCCGCAGACUCUGGGGAGAGAGCCGCUGGUGGAGGUCGUAACAGAGGCUCACCUCACUGCCUGUUUCUUUCCGCAUGUCGCUGCCCUGCUGGCGGCUCUGGGGUCUGUGCUGGCGACGGGAGUGGACGCGGGGGGGAUGUCCCUGGGAGCUGUGCUUUCUCAAGCUGCAGAAAAGACCGGCAAACGAGACCAUCCUGGCCUCACUCAAUUCGCCGACAUCCUCCGCGUCUGGGGCGCACAGCGGCCCGCGCCGGUGUCCGAGAAGGAAGAGGAGACGCGAGUCCAGAAACUCUUCAGCACCCUUCGAGAGGAGCUACGCAAAGACGCUCGAAAAACCGAGCAAUCGUGCGACGGCGGCUCAGGCGAAAGUCAGGGAGGGGAGGCGGGAGCGUGGAACAGAUGCGUGAGCAGAGAGAGUCCAGGAGAACGGAGAGAGCGAGACGAAACGAACAGAACCUUUGCAUCUCUUGCUCUCUCUUUCCGUCGAGAAAUCGCUGUGCUGUCGGGUCUCGCCGCCAAUCUUUCCACCUGCACGCAUUCGCACACACCCGAGAAGUUGCAUUCGUCGGUCGGAGAUUCUUCGCGCUUCUUUGUUCCUCAAGCAGCGACUCUUCCGUCCUCUCGCUUCUCUUCUCGUUCCCACUCCUCUUCCCAGUUGUCUCCGCGACUGUCUCCGGUGUCUCCGCGAGUGUCUUUGUCUGUGGGAGACGGCGGUUCGGCGAGAGAUCCGUUUCCUUCGGCUGUCGACUUGCAUGGCGUCUUCGCUGCGGCUGAGGCAGAGGCAGAGUCCUGGGAGAGAGAGCGUUUGAGCGGGGUUCGACAGGAGAGAGGCGUUCUCUUUGCUCUGCUUGGCAUUUUUGUCACUGAAGGCGAGGACCUUCUUCUCUGCCGGGAAGUCCAGGAAGACCUGCUCACUUUGCUGCACAUGAAAGGGUCUCUGAUCGAGCGCGAGUUGCGAGAGCAGGGGGGCGUCCUCUCUCCAGAGAAGAGCGGAACUCGAGAAGAAGCUUUCGUUUCCGAGGAGAGAGCAGCGGUUUCCAGAAGCGCGUCUGCAUGCGUUGUCGCAGACUUGUCGAGGCAGCUCACGGAGUGCGUCCAGACACUCCGAUCGUCGUCGCGUCGUUCCAUCGAACUGACAGAGCGCAGGCGGGAAGGAGACACACAGACGGAGGCGGAGACCGCGCGGAAGCGAGGGGGGGACUGUGGGCUUGAAGUGGACGAAGCGCUCGACGAGAACAGAGAGCGAGGCGUCUCGCGAGCAGCCCAGCGCAAGAUCGUUCAACUCCUUCGAGAUGUCUUGCAAGCCGAAGGAGACAAGCAAGAACUCUUCUCCGCGCUGUCUCAGCGAGAGGCAAGAGCCGCCAGGGGAUCGCACCGGAAGCGCGGGCAGAACCUGCCCCCCUCUUCCCUGCUGCUGCCUCUCGCCUGCGAACUGGGCUUCUCUUCGGUCCGACGCAUGCUGCGUUGCAUUCAACAAACGGCAGAGCGACAGACAGCACGAGACGAGGCGGAGCUCCUCGAGGGCCGCAACGCUCGCAGGUGGGGACUUGAGCACAGUCACGGAGACGAGAGAGACACCUCGAGAGGCGCGCGAGACGCGGACCAUGCAGGAGACGAGCGACUUCCGUCUCUCCCGUCCACGCGCGCUCUCUCAGAGCCUUUGGACGCAGAAAGAGAAGACAAAGGGGAAGAAGUUCACGAGAGACUCACACACAUCGUCGGCAUUUCGCACUGGGCAGACUGCCUCGCGGCCUUCAUGCGCCUUCAGGCUCUUGUCAGUGUAUAUCGACUUCGCACUGCUCUUCGACGCUACGCCGCUUUCUUCCUACUUCUCUACCGCAAGACCCUGUACCCACCGCCUUUUCUCUCUUCUCUGUCUCCUUCCCGAUCCGCUUCCCUCUCUUCAUCUGGCUGUUCUCCGCUCUCUUCUCCUCGCUCUUCUUCUUCUCCUCGCCAUCGGUCCCCUUCGAGCAGUGUCUUUCUCGAAGAAGAGAACUUGUGCUCGCGCUUCGACUUGGGGGACAGAGGAAGCUGCAGAACUCUCCGGCGCGGAACCGAGGACGGUGCGAUGGAAGAGCUCCCUCUAGCCGGCUCGGAGACAGACACCCAAGUGCCUGUGGUUCCUUCGCGCGCUUCUCCUCGCGAGUCUGCACACGAGGCACAGCGGAACAGACUCGAAAGAAGAGUGAAGAAGAGAGAGAGCAGAGAGAAGAGGAGAAAAAGCAGAGACAGAAGUGAGACUCUGGCGGAGGCGAAACUUCUCGAAGAUAUCGCGCGAUCCAGAGCCCUCUGGAUGCUUCAACAGGAGUUGCUCCUCUUCGUUGGGGAACGCAUGUCAAGUCUCCUCGAUUUUGCCGACUGUCUAUGGAGCGCCUAUUUAGAGUUCCCAGUUGUCGAGGGCCAUUUCUCUCCGCUGUUGCCGAUGGAGAGCGGAGAAGAGAGCAGAGAUCCAAGUGGAGACAAAACGGCGGAAGCAAGUGGACUAAAGAGCGGAGAGAAAAACAAGCAGGCUCGUGAGAUGUUCAGAACACACCAGCUGACAAGCGAGGGACGGCCGACCGAAGCUGUCGACAGUGGAGAGACCAAGGUCGCAAAACAACGAUGUCCCUUCUGCGUUUCGCCUCCAUGUUCAUCGACUUUUCGUUCGGCUGGGCACCUGCUCCCUUCGACUGCGGGGCACAACGGGCCUUUGAGCGACGCGGAGUUUCUUCUGCUUCACCUCCACCUUCUCGCCUCGAACUUCAUCGAUCCUGGGAAGUUCGCCUUGACGUUCUAGCGCAUUCUGCCGUGGGGGAACUCGAAGAAGCACAGUUCGCUCCUUCGCGGCAGUUUCCUUCUGUCGCUGCAGAGGGACAGCUGCAGAGAGGGUGAAUCGCGCCGCGAGGUGUCAGGACAACGGACAUGGCCAUGUGGAGAGGCGAGGGUCUGCCUUUCUACCUGUUCGACGAAAUGUCGGAGUCUCCGAUUUUUUGUUUUCCAAGGGCGUCGAAGACAGCAGACGCACUGGAGAAGUCCUACAGAGCACUGUGACAAAAACAGAAAGUUCGUCGUUUCCGUCUUUUUGGCGAGAUGCCGAUGAGCUAUAGCUACGCGUUAGAGUUGGGCGUCGAGCGCCUCUCCUGGGAGGACAGGAACGAAUUCGUUGUCUCGCUCAACCAGAUCGACGGAGAGAGUCUGUCGGCUUUUGUGGCAUUUUCUGUUCUUUGACGUUCCGCGCUCUUGGCUUUUGCCGGCUAGUUCUUCCCUGAUUGAUCGCAGCUUCGAAAGUCGGGGACUUGGCAUCUCUGCGAGUCGAACAUGCCGCCUGCCUUUUCGGAAACGAACGCUUUCCAGAAGAAAAUUCGCG